AUGAAGUGCAACCGAGUCGAGUUGGAAAAUGGAUCUAUUUAUAUAGGAGAAUGUUAUAAAAAACGCCAAAGGCACGGGUUUGGGCUGCAGCUGUUUACUGAUGGGUCUCAAUAUGAAGGGUAUUGGAUAAAAGAUAAAGCAAACAUAAAAGGAAGAUUAGUCCGUUACAAUGGAGAUAUCUUUAGAGUAAUCAGUGCACUUUCCCUGUAUUCUCCUUCUUCCUCAUCACCUUCUUCUCGUUCAAAAUCUUAUUUAAUCAUUUUCUGAGAAUUUAUCAGCAUCGUCCAAGAAUUUCUCAUCCAGAAUAAGCUGUCAUAA